CAUGACCCCUCCUUCGGCGUCUCGUCAGAGCAGCUGCGGGUCAGGAUGACUUUGCGGGGCCGUGAUUGGUCAUUGCCGGCAUACCCUCGCUGCGACACUUCCCGAUUAGGAAGGGCUAGGAGAAACGUCUAGAAGUCGCGAUGGACCCUCGCUCGCCCGACUUGCCUCGUCCAAAGCACGUGCACGCUUCUGGACCUCGCAUUGUCGUCACGGUCGAUCGAUUGCGUGUUUCUAGACUAUCUAUAGCCUAUCCACCCACACUUUGUUAAUGCCCACCGACCACACGGCAAGCGUCCUCAGCAACGUCUUCGGAACCCUAGGCGCAGUCUGCUGGUCCAUCCAACUCCUCCCGCAAAUCCUGCUCAACCACCGCCGCCAUGCCGCCUCCGGCCUCUCGCCAACCUUCAUGCUCUGUUGGGCGUGUGCAGGCAUCCCGCUAGGCGUGUACAACAUCGUGCAGCGCUUCAACGUAGCCUUGCAACUGCAGCCGCAGAUUCUGACGACGUUGAGUUUGAUCACUUGGGCGCAAUGCCAGUAUUAUGAGCGCAAGUGGAAUCUGCGGAAGGCGGCUGGUGUCUCGCUGGCUGUUGCUGCGUUGAUGGGUGGUGUGGAGGUUGGUCUUGUCUUCGCCGUGGACGUUGCUGUGAAGCGAGGGGUCGAUUGGCCUGCAACAUUAAUGGCCGUGCUCGCCGCUGUCUUUCUCGCUCUGGGUGUGUUGGAGCAGUAUCUCGCCAUCUGGAAGACGAAGAGUGUCGAGGGCGUCUCCUUCCUCUUCUGUGGUCUCGACGCCUUGGGCGACCUCACCUCUAUCGUGUCAGUAUGCUUCGAGCCUAAGCUCCAGAUCGUGGCAUUGGUCACGUAUGCCCUCGAGCUCGUCUUGUGGAUUGGAGUGUUUGCCUGCGGGACUUAUCUCCGCUUCUUUCCAUGGAUUCGAGCGGUCAUGUCAAAGCGAAGCGCAGGAGAGGAGGCCCCUACAAUAAAUGCUCAUAUCACUUUACACGAGAUGCCAUCGUCGACCUCGGUCUUCCGCACGCCGUCGCAGACAGAUGAAAUCAGGUUCAGACGGCCAGGUGCAUAGCUAGGUUAGUUUCGUGCUUGUGUCGAGAGAGCAAA